AUGUCAAGCGUAUUAUCAUACGUGGGCUGGGCCGUUCUUCCAGGUUACGUGACAUCAAUCCUACAAAGCGUCUACUACGGUCUCACAAUCCGCGCCGGCAGCCCACGACCCCAACCCGGCACACCGCGCUUCGACAAGCACCGUCGCCGCAUCUUCAUCUUCGUCGUGACCCUCUAUCUCUUCUACACAAUCUACGAAAGUUUCCACCAAGUGCGUGCCGAGAGCGACUUUUACCGCGUGCUAGGUGUUUCGCCGUUGGCUGAUGAGCGGACUAUCAAAUCUCGAUUUCGGCGGCUGGCCGCUCAACAUCAUCCUGAUAAGCUGAAUCAGCAGCAGGCGACGACACUGUCCGAUGGAUUCUUUAUGUAUUUGAAGCAGGCACAGGAUACAUUGCUAGAUCCGUCGGUGCGAUUUGCGUAUGACCGGUUUGGGCCGCAGGUGAAUGAGUGGAGAAACGUUAAGACGGCCGAGGAUUAUCUGUAUACUGGACUGAGGAAAGCGUUGACUCAGUAUAUUGGUGGUUUGGUUGUAUUAGUGGUGUACUGGGUUUAUUGGUCAUCAUGGGGACGAUACUGGCGAUUCUAUACAUUUGCUGCUAUGGUUGCUCUUGAGCUUAUCCUAGUGACGCAGCCAUUCUCGCUCGUUAUAUCUGCAGAUUACAUACCUGCACUGAUCCGACCGUAUAUCGGACUCGCCAGAUCCAAGACUGCGCCGGUGCUGUACCUCUUACCCUUUCAGAUCAUUUCACUUGCGCGCCGAGUAUCGGUUACAGUGCACAUUUUUAUCUCGCAAAUUACACCCUUGUAUGUCCCACGAUCAGCAUCACCUGCAAAAGGCGCAGGAGUGUUGAAGCCGGAAACGCUUCAGCAGCUGGGUCAAGUAGCACAAUUGGCGCGGAUGACGGAUACCGAGGCAUCACGACUUUUGGAUUUAUCGUUGAGUCCGUUCCGGGGUGAUCGGGAGAGUGUGUCAGUACUACGGCGAGGGAUGAAGGAAGGACUGGUUGUGGGGAGUGUGCGGAAUGCGCCUGAAGUUCAGGAAGCGGUCGCUCAGGUGCAGCGACGGAGGGCUGGUAUAGAUUUGUAG